AUGACAGAUAAAGUGGAAGAACAGGAAGCGUCUCGAUAUCCUGGCUUUACUAACAACAGCGAUGAAGAGGAUGACCGUGACGAACAGCAACAACAGGAAGAUCAGGAGAAUCAACAAUUACAACCAACCAAGUCCAACAGGGAAACAAAUAAAUUGGAUUUCGUCUCAUUUCCAACUAUUCCUGAUCCUGAGCUAGUUGACAAAUCAUUAUUGUCGGGAAUCUUAACCAAAACAUUAAGAAAAGUUACAAAUGCAUCCAACUUGGUUCUGAGUUACCAUGCAAAUAAGUCACCAGGUUAUGCCGAACAUUUGAACCCAUCUACUCCACCAAGAGAACACAAUUCUCAGCAAGAAUUACUUCCAUCACUAGACCCUAAAAAAGAUACACUACCUAAGCCUAAGGAUGUAUCAUUAUACCUAACGUCGUCACAAAACCUGACGUUGCCACCCCUGCUCCCAACAUCAAAAAUACAAUCCCCAGCAUCUGAAAUAAAAAGCUUUAUACAACCACCACCACCGCCAGCAGCAGCAGCACCACCACCAGCACCAUCACUACCACUACCACCUAUAGACAGCUUGACUAAAGAUAAAUCAUCAUUGGAUAAACUUGUCAAUUCAACUACAAUUCCAUCACGAUACAACUCAGCAACUCCUCCUAUGUCAACCACAGCCAGUGAUGUUGAAUCAGACACAACAACAGCACGUCGCAUACAACCAUCAGGUGCCUUGAGUAGUGCAAUCCGUCCUAACCAUUUAAUUGAUGAUACUCCCCGCGUCACAUCAGAUAAUAAAACACUUCGGAUUUCAACCAUACAUCACCCUCGUCUACAAACUAUUAAUAACAGCACCACUAGUUCAGUAAUUAAUGUUAAUGCAUUGGCCGGAGAGGGAGAUGCCACUGCAAGUAUAAACGAUAAAGUCGCAUCUGCGGAGGUUGCAGGAAUUACAUCUGCUACAGCUUCUAUUAAUGAACUAACAGCAACUACCAGUGCUGCCAGAAAGGAUUCAAUAUCUGCCGAACUACCACCAGUAUUUCAAACUAAGCUGGCCCCAAAUUUCAAUAACUUACCUAAUGACAUUGAGUUCUCAGAUGAUUCCGCGUCAGAUAAUGAAAGUUCCCACUCCAUAUUGUCACAUAUUACGUCAUCAGAAACUCCAUCAGGACUGAACUUGAAUCUAGGCUCCAGAUCUAGUCAUUUACCGUAUGAUUUGACCUCCUUGUACAGUGAAUCGAUAGCAAAGUCAUCGCCCAUCAAGGCAGAACGUAAAAAUAUCACUUCCCUGGGAACCAUUGGGAGAUCUCCUACAAUUUCAUCAUUCCAUGCCCUUCAAAACAUGGACAGACAAGCAAAACAGGCGAAUGUUAAUUUGUCUUCGGUUUUAAUAGACAAUGCCAGAUCAUUGCUUAAUACCAAUAUAGGAGCAGUAGCAUCUUCAGCAUCAUCAAUAGUGACCUCAAGAUCUCCAGCCAAGAAGAAAAAGAAGAAACCCAAGAAACCGUCAGAUAAUCCCUUGAAAAGUGGAGGUAUACCCAAGAAAUACUGGAUGAAUGAUGCAUUUGUGUCUGAUUGUCUCAAUUGUCUCCGUCCAUUUACUGCAUUUAGAAGAAAGCAUCAUUGUCGAUUCUGUGGGCAGAUUUUUUGCUCUGAUUGUUGUUUAUUCAUAUCUUACAACCAACACAAAGACGAAAGAAAUAAUAAUUCAAGGACGCGAAAGAGACCAUAUAAUGAUAAGUUGCGUGUCUGCAAGCCAUGUUAUGAUGAUGUUAUUAUUUACCUAAGUGAUGAUUCUUCAACUUCUGAAAGUGAGGAUGAAAAGGAUGAAGAAGCAAUACUUGACGAAGAUCUGAUUUCAGAAAAGAAGAACGAAGACGAAUUUUUGGUCCCCAACCAUCCACUUUCGCGGUUAAGAUCAUUGUCUACUACUUCAUACCGUGAGAGCAUUAAUGAAUCCUCUUCAAAUAAGGGCGUGCAAACUCCCAAUAUAACUUUGGAUAACAAUCACAGUCCAACUUCUGCAACCAGAAACUACAAUAAUAGCACCACUCAUAGCCAAUACGUCUAUCCUGAUGAAUCGAUUAAAGUACAUCCAAAGCAGGCACCUCGGAUGGCUAUCCCAACCACAAGAACCGGAGAAUCUGUAGAAAUCCCACUACUAAGAAGCUCAUAUACCAGUUCUAACAUGCACGCAUCACCUGGGUAUGGUUCAAGCUUUAAAGUAAGUGCAUUAACUCCAGGAAUUCAUCAUCUGCAUUAUCCUCAACAAAAAUCACCAACUCACUCGCAUAGUCAUACUCUGUCGACCCAAGAAGGUGCCGCCGGAGGCAAAAGUUGGAGAAAAAAUUAUCAGCACUUGUCGCCGAAUUUGGCACAUGCAGAAUUAAUUACUAGUAGAAGUUUGGAUAAUAUUAGUGGUGCUUAUACCAAUUUUAUUGGUCGUAAAUCGUCGUUUCAGAAAUUCAGAGUACAGUCUGGUUCGGAUAAAGAUUUGGUUAGACAUAUCUCGCGAAGAGAGGCAUCGGCAGAACCGGGUGAUUUGCCAAUUCCCACCAGUCAUUUUGAUACUGAUGUUGUACCUCGUGACGAUGAAGGGUAUUCUGAAGAUGAUGAAGACGAAGAAAUUGAACGAGAGAAUGAAGAUGAAGAUGAAGAAGACGAGGAUGAACGAGCCAUGUCGCUUUAUGCUGCGUUGAAUUACCCGGGACAUGGAGGAUAUCCUUCAACGCCAAUGAGCCAUAAACCACCAAUUCUUCCUAAUAACCUUAAUGUGGCCGUACCUACUUUGGGUGAAUUUCCGUCUAUGAUGGUGGGAUAUCCCAGACAUAAAUUGUUUAUGCCACCGGCAAACACAUCCAAUCAGAAAACACCAUUCAGUGGGAAUACAACAACUAGCACGACUAAUCAAACACAUGGCCCUACUGUUGCAUUUGUGGAAGACGAAUACCCGAAAAAGGACAGUUACAGAUCUCGUGAACGAGCCCAUGCAUCCCUUCAACGUAUCCGAUCUAGACGACAAAGUAGAGCAACGAGAAAUGUCCUGAUUUUGACUCAAAAUAGUUUGCGAUUACCCAGUGUAGAAGUAUCUCCCAGGAGUCAUACAAUGGUAACUACAUCAUCCUCGCCACCAAUAUCCUAUACAAAUAGUCCAGCCAUGCCAAACAACAAUAUUCUGACUCGUAGUCUAGUAAAUGAAGCUUCAGAUAUGAUUAGUUCAUCGUCAAUGUUGGAUAGUGAGUUGUCUCCACUUGGACCAAGAAUAUCAUCAGUAAGCACGGGCCAGAUCGAACCAUUGGAUUAUUUAUCGGUAGAUGAACAUCUGGAUGCAGUAGGCGAGACUAUUCCUAAAGUUGAUCAUGAAAAGGUGUAUAAGGAUCAUCUUAACGUUAUACUCCGACAAUCAUUACUUGACUGUGAUAUUAAAGAAAACGUUGAUCGUUGGGUCUCUGUUCUUCAAUCUCUGUUGGAUUAUAUCAACCUGAUUAAGUUGACUGAUACCCUUGAUAUACGUCAGUACGUGAAAAUCAAGAAAGUUUUAGGUGGAAAGAUUGAAGAUACUCAUGUCAUUGAUGGAAUGUUUAUGACAAAGAAUGUCGACUCGAAACGCAUGUCAUCCGAGAUUAAGAAUCCUCGUAUCGCUUUGCUUAUGUUCCCGGUGGAAUAUCUCAAACAGAAACAACAAUUUAUAAGUUUACGAAUCAUCCAUGCGCAACAAUCAGUAUACAUAACCAACUUGGUAUCGCGAUUGGUGUCACUUGAACCGGAUAUUAUUGUAGUGGGUGAUUCGGUUUGUGGAUUGGCACAUCAAUUAUUGGAAGAAGCAGGAAUCACCGUGAUGUCUAAUGUGAAACCACAAGUAAUUGAGAGAAUUUCAAGAUAUACUAAGGCGGACAUUUUCCAAUCAGUUAAUGAUUUGUUUUUCAAAAAGGGAAAAUUGGGCCACUGUGAUCAGUUCACCAUUAAGAGGUUUAAAUAUGGCAACAUGGUUAAGACCUAUGCUUGUUUCUUGGGCUGUGGAAUUCCUCUGGGUUUCACCAUUUCGUUAAGAGGUGGUGAUGAGGACUUGUUGAAUAGUGUGAAGUAUGCUGCUGAGACAUUAUUGCCAGGCUACCUUAAUUCUCGAUUUGAAAAGAGUUUGUUCGAUAAUUUGUUGAUUACUUACAAGGAUGGUAUUACUAAUGGAUGUCUUAAUCGUAUAAAUGAUAUGUUGUUGGAGAUUGAUGAUGAGAAUAACAAGGAAGAAGAAUCAAAGAGUUUGGAAUUUAGUUUGGAUAGUACUGAAGUUGUCAACUAUGUGAAGUUGUUUAAUGAAAGGAAACUAUCAUUGUCACCUUCUAUUAUUUAUUCACUUCCCACACCAUUGGUCAAUGUGAUUGAAACAUACCAUAAUUACCACGAUUAUUACAUAAAAAACAAACUUAUUCAAUCAAUUGACUCAGCUGAAGAUAUUCAAGAUGUCUGGUUGUCUGACUUGAGACUAAGCAUUGAUAUGGAAACAUUACCUCACAAGGAAGAUAUCCUUUCAAUAUUGAAAUACGCCAGCGAUUGCCAUUUGAAAGCAAAGAUGAUGGAGUAUCAUCAUCGUGCCAGAAUAUGGUUUAAUUGCAUGAGGUAUUCAUGUUAUCAACUCUACCCGAUAUUCCAUAAAAACAUACAUGUUUUGCAUUCCACAGUAUCAAUUAAACAUGCAACUCCAUGUGCUGGACCUGGUAUAGUUGUGGUUGAUUACUAUACUGAUAAUGAUAAAUGUUUGGGUAUGUUCCUUGAUCAAGUAUGGCUGGAAAGUGCCAACUCAUGUAAUGAAUGUGGUGAGAGCCUCCUUAACCACUACAAGACUUAUGUUCAUGGAAAUGCCAAGAUUGAUUUAAUCUUGGAACGAUUUGAUCAUUUGGUUCAAGGAGAUAAUUAUCAAGGUAAAGAUCGUCGAGUUAUGUGGAGUUAUUGCCGCAUUUGUAAUUAUGCUACCCCGAUUGUGGCAAUGAGCGAUGAAACCUAUUAUUUGUCGAUUGGGAAGUUCUUUGAGUUGAACUUUUACGGUACUGGUGUUGGUGUAGGGGAUGCAACUUCUGGUUGUGAUCACGAAUACUUUCAGAAUUACGUUAAGUGUUUUGCAUACAAUGAAUUGGUUAUCAGAAUGGAGUAUUCAAAUAUUGAUAAUUAUGAGAUCAUGGUUCCUAAGAAAAGGUUGGAAUUCAUUCCUGACAUUGAUGUCAAAUUGAAAUUGAAUGCAUAUAACUCGAUUAAUAGUAAAUCAAAGAAGUUCUUUGAGUCGAUAUCCACAAGAUUGAACAGAGUGAAAUUGGAUACUUUUGAUAAAGCAGAAGACGGAACCAAGAAGCUUGAACAAAUGAAGGAGGAAUUAGGACAGCAUAUUGAAACAAUCAAUGAAAAGUUUGAAAAGAUUUAUCUGUCAACUCCAGUGACUAAUUAUCUUGGUUUGAAUGUUGUAUUACAGGAUUUACAAAAAUUAGGUGGAUUUUGGGAUAAUGAGUUUAAUGAAUUUGAAAAGAAAUAUUUGCCUAGUGAAAAUGAAAUUACCAGAAUUACACAAUUUCAUUUGAGAAAUUUCUUGAUGGAUAAGUACGAUGAGGGUCCUAAAGAAGAAGUUGAAGAACUGUCUAAGAAGCAAGAAAAGAAUGAGAAGAAAGAUGAAGAAGAAAAUAAAAAUAACCAAUCGGAAGAUAAUGUUGAACAAAGGGACUCGCAGGAGCAUUCAGAGAAUAUAAAUGAGGAAACAAAGGGCCAACAAAUACAGCAAGAAGUCGUAGCAAGGUCUGAAUCUGAAAUUGGGAUUGAAACUGAACAAAUAGAGAAUGAACAACAGGUUGAUAGUGACAAUGAAACGGAUACUGAACAGCAGAUUAAUACUAAGCCAAGGCGAGUCAGUGAAGAUCACCAAAGUUCAAUCCCCGAGCGUCCCAGUAUUUCUCCCAAACCUCGUAGUACUAGUGAUUCAAUGUUUGAUUCAAAAAUGUUUCCUACUCCAAGGUCCUUAUAUCAUCUGACCUCAAACAUUUCUGAAAGGAUAAAUAAAUGGGAACAAGCAAAUAAUGGUCCUACUUCAAUAUCUAGUUCGGAAAUACCUGUAUUGCAAAACCGAGGAUCAAGUGGCUCAUUGUCUUCAAUUAAUAUUAUUCCUUCCCAGAAUAAAGUACAUCAUUUAGCUAAUUAUUUUGAUAAGAUGUACUAUGAUCAAAUUUCGCUUGAAUUUUCUAAACACAGAGAACGUGAAUUAAAGAGGAAACCAAAAGUCAAGGCACAGCCUAUUUUUGAAAGCAAGCCAAUUGUUGAGAUUUAUAAUAAAAUUGAAGAUGUUGUUGGUGAUGAUAAUAAGAAGGGUGAUGUUCUGAAGGUUAACGUAGAGGUAAAGGCAUCUGAUAGUCAGGAUAAGGAACUGAAAAAGGAAGAAAUUACUGAUCAAAGUCAACCACUACAGAGUCAAGUCCAACAACAACAACAACAACAACAACAACAACCAGCUCUAGAAAUGCCCGAAAAGCAAUCAUUAUUGAAAUCGUUAACUAAUUUCUGGGCAGAUAGAUCUGCUACAUUAUGGGAUCCGUUGGCAUAUCCCUUGGAAGAACACGAGCAUACAUUUGCUGACUCUGAUGUUAUUGUAAGAGAAGAUGAGCCAAGUUCGCUUGUAGCAUUUUGUUUAUCGCUGAAUGAUUACAAACAGAAAAUCCAGACCGCAAUGGAGUUGAAUGAUAUGGCUAUGGCCGGUGUAGUUCUGGAAAUGACUACCAGUUCUAGACAGGGUACACCUAAUGACAGUGAGAAUGAUCCAGAAAAACAUGAGAUUGAGAAUAAUGAAAUUAAUAAUGCUAAUAAGAAGAAAAAGAUGGCACAAUUUGCAAAGAUUGAAAAGAAAUUUAAAAAGAGUAAAGCUGAAUCCACAAAGACCAAUUUAAUUGAGACCAUUUUGACAAAGAAGAAAACCAAUCAUUUAAAAUAUCAGUUUAUUGAUGGAAACACUAAUCUUUCAUGUAAAAUUUUCUACAGUGAGCAAUUUGAAGCACUACGGAAAGCAUGUGGAGCCAAUGACAAUUUCAUUCAAAGUUUGAGUAGGUGUGUUAAAUGGCAAUCCAGUGGUGGUAAGAGUGGAUCUAAUUUCUUAAAGACUCUAGACAAUAGAUAUAUUGUGAAGGAAUUAUCAAAAUCAGAAUUAGAUUCGUUUGUUUCCAUUGCUCCGUUUUAUUUCAAGUAUAUUAGUCAAUCCAUGUUUAAUACCUUGACUACUGCAAUUGCGAAAAUCUUUGGAUUCUACCAAGUUGAAAUUAAGAACAAUAAUACUGGUAAAACUUUCAAAAUGGAUUUUUUGAUUAUGGAGAAUUUAUUUUACAAUCAUAAAACCACGAGAAUCUUUGAUUUGAAGGGAUCCAUGAGAAACCGUCAUGUACAGCAAACAGGUAAGGAAAAUGAAGUUUUAUUAGAUGAGAAUAUGAUUGAGUUUAUAUAUGAAUCGCCGGUAUUUGUCAAGGAACAACUGAAGAAGCUUUUGAGAGGUUGUUUGUUCAACGAUACCAGUUUCUUAUCCGCUAUGGAUGUUAUGGACUAUAGUUUGGUUAUUGGUAUUGAUGACCAAUCCAAGAAGUUAUACAUUGGGAUAAUUGAUUGGUUAAGAACAUUUACUUGGGAUAAGAAGGUUGAAAAUUGGGUCAAGGGAAGUAAUCUCAUUGGAGGUAAUAAGAAAGGUAAGAACCCAACAAUUAUUACGCCUAAGCAAUAUAGAACUAGAUUUAGAGAAGCUAUGGAGCGGUAUAUUUUGGAGGUUCCUGACAUUUGGUAUGAAGGAUCAAAGUAA